AUGGGUUGCUUGGCGACGUUUCAUCGCAAUCGACGGAACGAACGGCAGCGCAUUAAGGAUAAAGCGGCCCGCGCGCAGAGGCUGGAGUGCGUGUGCCCCGAGGUGAUCCGCUGCGUGCCCCCGGAGCAGCCCUGGCGCCCGCCCAAGAGCCGCAGGAGGAAGAAGGGCAAGGACGAGAAGAAGAAGAAAGACCAGAAGAAGAAGAAGAAGAAGGGGGGCGACGGCGAAGAGGGGAAGGGCCCGCGCAGGCGGAGGGCGGCGAAGGAGGGCCAGGCGAGGGAGCAGAGGCCCCGGCGGAAGGAGGCGAAGAAGGCGAGGAGGGAGGAGAAGAAGAAGAAGCGGCAGAAGGAGAGGAAGGCGAAGGAGGAGAUUGAAAGGACACCACCGCUCGGCGACCAAACCCCCACCCAUUGGUUGCCGCACCAAAGGGCAUAUAGUAAACGCGUGCAACACCUGCGAGGGCACCAGACGCUGGACGUGAUGCAAAACUUGGGAGGAUACCAGACGCCGGAGAGAGCGCCAUCCCGGAGGGAGGUGGCAUCGUCGCGGCGCGAGCGGGAGCUGCGCGCGGCGCAGGGCGACGUGGUGCGCCUCAAGGAGCAGCUGCUGUGCGUGCACGCGAGAUGCGCGCCCAGCCCUGCUGCGCGCCCCCCCACCCGCGCCCUGCCCCAGGACGACCGAAUAAAGCCUCAUGAAUCACACGCCUUGCCGCCUUUUCUUUCACUGCCAGAAGACAGACAAGACAGCAGACAGGCAGACAGACAGACAGGCAGACAGAGACAGACAGACAGACAGACGGACAGGCAUUAG